UGACGAUUUUAUUUAGAGAUGAAACGAACGAUCGGAUAGCAAGUAGUGGUAAGGUGGAACGGUUCCACAGAAUGACUCAGAUAAGUUGAUCUAUGAGUCCGGAAGUUUCGCUUUGUAACCUACAUAGAAUAGACUCACUCGAUCAGUUGAACAGUAAAUUCCAUGAUUUAUAACUCUUCAAUCUUUUUCAAAUGCCAUGAAAAGUAUCAGAACUUCGGGUUUGAUUUACAUGACUUGAUGAAAAUGUAAUGGAACAAAAAAAGACCAAGAAUGUUUCUCAGUCACAGUGCGGGAGAGUUGGUGUUUACCUUUGACAUUGUAUAUUAAAAGUAACGGUUAAGUCAAUGUCGGUGCAAUUACGAUACACAAAGAGACGUUUAAAGUACAUUUUAUUUCAAUAUUCGAGAAGCUUCUGCCAUAUUUUGUGGUAACUCUGGAACAGACAGAUAUAAAAAUAAAAAAUGCAUCUGGAUGCACUUUGUGGCUACAUGACCGUAUAUUUUCAUCUGGGUUUUUUUUUGUGACAAUUUCAUCAAAAUCUUAUCCAUCUAUAUUUUAUAUAAUUGGUCAUAACAAAUUAAAAUUGCUAUAAUCAAUAGGCAAUUUUUAUAGGUUAUAUGAAAUUAUUAAUAACAAUAUUUUAUUAAUAUUGACCAAAUCUUUCAACAAUUUUGAUCAUAAAAAAAGACUGCACUGAAUUUGUUGAAAACAUCUUUUAAACCUUGAUCUUUCAAAUGAAGUUCUUACAGAGUUGAUAUCUCUGGUGGUUCUCAAAAUAUUGAAAACGAAAAAAAACCUGACAUACAAGAAAAUGUACAUUGCAAGGAGAAAGGGAUUUACCGAUACGAAAUACAGACCCGCCGUUUUGCCUCAUUCAGUGCGUGAAUAAACGUGCACUUGUGUGUUCGUUCAAAUAUUUGAGUUGGAUCAAUUGAAUCGACCAAUUUUUGUUUAUCUACAAAAAAAAAAACAGUUGUAUAAUAUUUUUGAUUGUUUAUUUUCAAAUAAAAUGUCCGAAAAAAGUGUUUAUAUUUUACAAUUAUUUCAAGCAAUAUUUGGCUAGUGAAAAGCAAUUCAAAAGAGUCAUUUAGAAAAUAUUAAUUUUUUUUUUAAUAAGAGUAAUUAUGUCAAUAAAAAAGUCUCUUGUAUGGAUUAUCUUUGUUACAAGUGUUGUUGGUUUAUCUGCUACAAAAAAUGAAUCGAAUAUCCUACGAUUAAGUAUUAAACCAAAAUCAACCACUCCUCCAUCAUCUUCAAAAGUGACUAAUAGUUCAAGUGAUGAAUUAAAUGAGAACAUACCUAAAGAACGAUUAAUAGCUUUUAGUAAGAAUAAUCCUGAACUUGAUUGGAGGAAUUAUCUGAAGAGUGUAGCAAAACAAGAAGAAGCUCCUAGAGAUUUAGAUGUUGACUUUAUGAAAGAUAAAUUGGAAAAAAAUGCUAACAGUAUUCAGUGGUUGUCUGACCUCUAUGAUCCUCUCAGGUGGACGCGAGUUCCAGGAAAGUUGAACAAAAACUGUCAACAUGACAUGGAAUUAUUUUUAAAUGGAUUAAAAAAUGGUGACUUAUGGGCAGCACAAAUGUCCGAUGCAAGUGGACGAUACAGUUCUCAGUUUCACUUUGGCAAUGGAUUUUGGCUAGGCUCAAGUAGCCUUUGCAAAGAGCUCAACAGUACUCAUGACAGUGAAACGAAUAGAAUGGCAUCAAGUGUUAGUUCUCUCCCUUAUCCAGUCAACUUUCAUGUCGCAAGGAUGGGAUUAACCUUUCCAGCUGACAUUGAACCUUCGACACGCCAAGUAUUUUUAGGUCUUUGUCUACCGAGUACAUGUGAUCGAUUGUCGUUGACAUCAAUGUUGAGAGCUAGUGCUGAUCGAGUUGAAAAAGAAGGUAAUGUAACUCACGGGUCAAAUAGUCCAGAAAUUACAAUUGUGACUGUUAAGCCAGUACCUUCAAGUGACUAUUCUGUAUGGAAUGAUCCCAAACUUUAUGUUCUUGGAGGCAUAGGAAGUAUUAUCAUAUUAUUGAUGGUAAUAGCAAGUAUUUAUGACUAUCGACAACUGACUAUUGAUCCAGAUGUAGAGUCGACAUCACAUGGAAUUAAUAACAAUGAAAAAAGUAGCACAUAUGUGAAUAGAAAUUUUCCAGAAGAUAAAGGUAUAACGAUAAUUCAAGAUAAUGAUAAGGAUUUGAUUGAAAAAGCUGGAAAGAAUAAGAGGCAUUUAGAAGAUCAGUCGAUUCACGAGAAGCCUCGAGAGAAAGGGUUUUGGAUAAAGUGUCUUUUAUCUUUUAGUCCGAUUACAAAUGGAUCUAAAAUAAUUAGCACUGAGCCAGCAGCUCGUGACAGUUUGACAUGUCUUCAUGGUCUUCGAGUAUUAUCUCUAGGUUGGGUGGUAAUGGUUCACACUUAUCUUCAAGUAUUCUCUAUUGCAGAGAACAAGACCCUACGCACGGUCACUGAGAGGAAUUUCAUGUUCCAAACUAUUAGCAAUGCCACCUUUUCUGUUGAUACUUUUUUCUUCAUUAGUGGACUUCUAGUUACAAUUUUAUUUUAUCGCUCAAUGGGAUUAAUACCGAGUGACAAGAAGAAUUUUUUCCAAUCUAGUGCAUCAAAAUUUAUUAUCAUGAUUCUUUAUAGAUUCAUCCGAUUGACACCAGCUUAUUUAUUCGUGUUGGGAAUAAAUGAAAUAUCAAUAAAACAAGCACAAGCAACAACAGUGUUUUCACCUGUAAUUAUUGAUCACAUUACAUGUGAGAAAUUUUGGUGGCGAAAUGCUUUAUAUUUGAAUUCAUUGUAUCCUCGUACAGAAAUGUGCAUGCUGUGGAGCUGGUACAUGGCAAACGACACUCAAUUCUAUGUUCUUGGAAUCCUACUACUUUUGCUCUCUGUCAAGUACUUCAAGGCCGUUGCUAUAGCUGUUUUUUUGCUAAUUGUUUCCUCUUGGUUGACAACCUUUUCUAUAGCAUACAGUAACGACUAUAUAGCAAGAAUUCAAGAACCAUUUGCAUUAUUCGAUGAAUUAUAUGACAAACCAUGGCUGAGAGCAGGUCCUUACUUUGUUGGAACCAUAACUGGAUGGAUGCUAUUUAAAACUAAUUCUGAACUUCAUACACCAGCAUGGUUUAAAUUGAUAGGCUGGAUUGUUUCCAGUGGAAUAAUGCUAGUAGUAGUUUACGGCUUAUAUCCCGCUAACUUGACAGUGACAAUGAGCUCAUUUUACGCGGCACUUGGUCACACAGCUUGGACUAUAGCCGUAGCAUUUAUUGUUGUACAAUGUUGUACCGGAGCUGCUCCCAUAAUCAAUAGCCUCUUGUCUCUCAGGAUACUCUACCCACUCUCUAGACUUACAUAUUGUGCUUACCUAGUUCAUCCAGUUAUUAUGAUGAUUACAGUUACCCAGAUGGAUGGUCCACUGCAUCUUCACCAAGGGGUUGUUCUGAUUGUUUAUUUUGGAAACUUGGUUGCGUCAUACCUAAUGUCAUUCUGCAUUUCAAUAGCUUUUGAAGCACCAGUUGUGAACCUUUUAAAAAUUGCAUUUGCUUCGAAUAAAAGAACACCGAGGUGAAAAGAAAAUAGAAAUGGUUAAAAAUCAAAAUAAGGAUGAAGUGAAAGGAAAAAAAUUGUUGAUUGAUAUAAAGUGUAUUUUUUUUAAACACAUGUAAUAUAAAUGUUUGUACCUGUAUUACUAAUAAAUAAAAAAGAAACAUAAAUAUAAACGAAUCAUUUUGAUUCGUGAGAUCACUACGGAAAUUUUAUUGUGCAUUAACUUCCGUAAAUAAAUUAUUGAGAACCUCUUGACCUUUAUAUGCAGUCAACUUCAUCAAUAAAGAAUUUUUUUUCUUCAAAAUCGAUCAAAAAUCUUAUUUACUAUUUUAUAAAUAAUUUCGUAAAAAUUUGUUUUAAAAUUCUAUUGUAAUUGAUAUUGUAUUAUUGCUUAUUAUCUUUGUUAAAUAUUAACAAUAUUAUCAAGUUUGAUAGACAAGUUUGUAAUACAUGUGUAGUUAUGGAAGUGUCUGUUCGGCAAGCCUGUUAACACGUUUAUCUGAAUAUUUGUACAUUAUGUAUGAUUAUAAUAGAUUUCAAUCAAACU